GUUUUAUUUUUAUCGCUAUCAAGACUUCUGCAAUUCUUGAAUUCGUGCUUUUUUGACACUCAGAUGUUUUCAGUUGAACUUGGGAAUGUAAAAUAGUGCACCUUCAAUAAAGAGUAAGAUGGGACUUUCAAGCGAGGAAACCCUCAAGCGCUAUCUCUACACCAGCAGCUACCAUGGGGCUUUUUUAGCGGGGAACCCCGACAAACAUUUCAGCCGUUUUACGGGCCACCUCCUUUUCCCUUGGGCCAAGACAGCCCCCGAAGACUUCGUCAAGACUAUCACAACCGUCAGUGAAGAUGCCUUAUUAGUGAGACGCUCGAAUUUUUUCUAUUUUUUGGCUGAAGCUUUACUUGAUAAAAACAUACCAACUGAAUUAAAAACCGAAAUCAAGAAACUCAUUUUUAAGUUAAUUAAAACCGACCAAGAUUUCUUCGAUUUUCUUAAAUUUUACACGACCCAGCGGAGCGAAAAAAAGAAAAUAUCCACGACUUUGCGAAAAAUGAUCAUCAAGUUCUACCAAAACAAGGAACCAAAAGAGUUUGCCGAAACUGUGGCAAAGCAAGAGAGUUAUCACGGCUGGACGCAUAAGGAUCUCAUCAAAUUGAGCCAUUUUAAAUGCAAUAAUGUGGCGUGUGAACCGAUCCUGAAGUACGUCCUUUUUGGUAUAAAACAACUCCCGGAAGCUUCUGAUGACGCCUCUAAGCCCAUAAUCGAAUAUUUGAAAAAAUCAUACGAAUUACGAACAACCGACGAUGUGGCUAGAGCUACGACUUUGAUGACAGAACUUCACGUCACUGUUGACCGCGUCAAUUCGAAAUUCAACAAAAACGAAGAAGUUUGGUUGGCAGCAAUUCCCGAAAUGACCACCCGCGAAAUCCUACAGUGCCUCUACCGAUUUUACAAAUUUGGUUUUUUCAAAGCCGGAAGUCAGUUUCAAUCGAAAAUUUGUGAAGCUUUGUCUGACGCAGAAAAAAUCAAAAAAUGCAAUUUGCAUCCUAUUGAAGUGUUCAUUUAUUUGAAGUUUUUCGAAAAAGGGGGAAAGCCGAUGGACUCCAAACUUCUCGAAUAUUUACAAAAGAAGGAAAUCCGUGAGGAGACUUUGAAAAGAUUGACAACACCGUCAGAACCGAAAUGCAAACCUGUCCUUCAGAGUAUUAAUAAAUGUCUUAAACUGUCAUACAACAACGUGCAACCAACUGGGAAAAAAUUCAUGGUGACAAUUGACGUGACCGAAAAAGCUCAAGAGGCGUGCUUCCAUAACAAAAGAAUAACGUGUCUGGAAGCAGCCGUUGCGAUUAUCCGAUUUUUGUCAAAAAUUGAGCGAAACGUCACCGUUGCUGUCUUUAAAGACAGUCAAAUUAAUUUCGUCGACAUCAGCAAAUCUCAUUCUGCAGUUGAUAAGUUGCUCGAACACAAAUCGGCCUACAUUUCACCCAACGCCCCCCUCGAUUGGGCGCGCAAUAAAAAGAAACAAAUCGACAUUUUCAUCAAUUUCAUGAGCUCCAGUUGGCAGGAAAAUGUCCCACAGGAAGUUAAGGACAAAAUGGAAAAAGUAACCGAAGCUUUGAAUAAAUAUUCGAAAAAAAUGCAAUCGCCAGAAACUCGUUUGGUGAAAAUCUACCUAGAUGGUUCUAGCGGAGUUUUUUCGGAAAAUAGCAAAAAUAUUCUGUCCAUAUCGGGUUUCAGCGUUGAUGUUCCUAAAGUUUUGGAGGCGUUCUGUAGAGGGCGCUUCUGUUAAAAUUCUCGACUGUUUUCCCUCCUAUAAAAGUGUUCAAUCAGAUAUUUUUUUACAAUUGAUUUUUCUCGAAACGAACGAAAUAUCGAAGUUUUUAGUUGUAAUUUUAGGUUUUAGUUGUAUCUAACAAAAUAACUUUUUGUAGCGAUUAUUUAUGAACUGAUUUGGAUCGUUUUAUGUGUGUAGGAUAGGUUUUUAUACAUUUUUUCUUUUGAAAUUAAGUUACCAAAAAUCUCGCUUUUCGUUAAGUGUAACAGGAAUUCCAUGACUCUUUCAAUAAUAAAUCUGGGUGCCUUUGAGAGUUUGGAAGUCUGUUUGUAUUACAUAAUAAUGGUUAAGUUUAACGCAUAACUACUGAACCCGGUUUUGUUAGGUUAGUUUUUCUAAAUAAAAUCUCGUGGUUAACACUUAUUGAUAAAUUGUCUGUGAAUGCAUUUUUAAAAUAUCGUUAAAUUUUGCUGUUUAUUACGAUUAUUGGUUUUUAUUUAUUUUUGAUAAACAAUAUGACUAGAUUAAUUUAUACUUCCUUACAUUUUGGAGAAAUAAACAUUUGCAAGGA